AUGUCGAAUCGACAGAUCAAAUUCCCAAUGAUGUUUGAUCAGCAUCGUCAUGCAUACAUCAAAGUGGGUGAGAACAAGCCUGAAACCCAACCUAUGAAUAACACUGCGCAUACUCCAAUCACCAAUGAUAUGGAAGAUGACAUCUACUCUGCUGAAAAGGAUUGCAUGGCAGGCAUGACUGAGGAACAAAAGAUGGAAAUCAAAAAGGAAAUUCGUGAUCAAAGUCGUCGAACUUAUUCCAUCGGAUCUGCAAUCAUUGGCGGAAGUUUUGGACUUGUUUUGCUUUUGCAAGUGUCAAUGGUUUGA